AUGAAGAAUUCUCUCUCUUCAUCUCAAUCCCUUUUCCAUCUGUUACUGAUCUGUAUCUUCAUCAUCACCAUUACUUCAUCCACCACCUUCUCGGAAACCUCCACCAUCACAUAUCACCCCAACCGCCGCCACCAACUCCAUUAUCACAAUUCUUGCAUCACCAUCUCCAGAAAAGAACACCCCAAGCCUCUAUGUAAGUCUCGUUGCCCUCCGCCUCUCCCUCCACUGCUACACCGGCAUCCACAAGUACAACCGCCACCACCACCGCCGCCGCCAAUCAAUGAAGAAAUCGAUCCAAGAUACGGUGUUUCGAAAAGAUUGGUCCCUUCUGGACCCAACCCACUCCAUAAUUGA